AUGUACAUAGUUGGUUUGCUGUCUCCUAAAGAUGAGUCCGUCGGUAAGAAUCAGCCCCUGAAACGUGGUGCCACACGAUGGAUUAGUUCACAGCCCAUCUAUGCCUCUCAGUUGCGGCAGAAACGCGAGGAAUUUUGGGAUACCGCCCCUGCCUUUGAAGGUCGCCAGGAAAUCUGGGACGCGCUGAAAUGUGCUGCUGAGGCUGCAGAACGUGGAGAUCAUGAAAUGGCCCAAGCCAUCAUUGAUAGUGCUAAUAUCAUCCUCCCUACUGGUGAGCUUUCUUAUACGUUUUUCCCCUAG